AUGUCUUCGAAACCCUCCCAACUCGUUUGUCCGACGGAAGCACCCGCAUAUUACAUAAUGACACUGCAUACGAUCGCAGUAGUCUCUCUACCAUUCAAUAUCACUGCAUUCUAUUUGGUAUGGUUCCAUUCGCCGAAAUCUUCCAAAUAUCGAUAUUGCCUUUUAUAUGUUCAAUUGUCAACAUUUUUCACCGAAAUCUACAUGUCGUGGGUCAAUCCGGGCUAUUAUUUCUUUCCGAUGAUCGGCGGAUACAACACUUCUCCGCUUAGAAAAUACAUUUCGACUCCAGUCAGCAUGUCGAUUUACGUAUUCGCAUUCUGCUUCGAGUUGCCGUCGUAUCUCAUCUGUUUCCUCUACCGACAUGAGUGUGUUUUAGAACUUGAUCGGUAUUUUCCAAAAUGCGAACAUGCAAUGCUAAUUCCAAGUUUCGAAAUUUACGACUAUCGAAUUAAUAUUGUCGUCGCCUACGUCGGUAUCGGAGCAUUUUUGUUCAUUUUCUUCACCUCAAUAUACAUUGGCUAUCUGACAUUCACCACGAGGCGAAUAUUGCGAAAAUUGCGAAAACGAAUGUCGGUUACAACGUAUUCAAUGCACCGAUCAUCGUUGAUCGCACUCUCUCUACAGGUUCUAAUUCCGCUAUUUUUGCUCGUCAUUCCACUAUACACAAUUGGAAUUGUGAUCGCCAAAGAUUUGUACCAAUAUCAAGAGCUCGCAACGAACUCGAUGUUCAUAAUAGUGGCUCAUUCGCUGACCAGCUCGAUUUGCAUGAUUGUGACGAAUCCGCGACAUCUUCGAAUUCUCAUUGAUAAAUUGAGAUUAGGUCGAAUUACUGGAAGAUUCAUUGGCGCGCGAAAAACCACAUUUGCACAUGUUUCAUCGGUUUUGAAUACGGAAAAAAUGGCUAAUUAA